AUGUCAUUUAAACAAUUUCAAUCAAUUUUUUAUCCAGCUUUUGACAUUUAUGGUCUCAUCGAAUGGACACUUGAAAAAAUGCUGAAAAUGUUUUUUUGCCCAAAAUGUGCUCAUCAGAAAAAGUUAAAAGAUAAAUCUGGUUGGUGUUCGGUAUACACGACGCUCCUUUUUCGUGCUCGAUAUACAGAACAAAAGGAUGCAAAUGGAGUUAUCUGGGGAUCUGGUCAAGUUCAAAUGAAAAUCUUUGAACAAGGAUGUCAAACAUGUGGAACAUAUCGUUCAGGUUGUUUGGAUCAAGAGGGUAUUGAGCAGGCAUUCUAUUGGCUGCAUAUUUGGUUACUGAAGAAAUUCUAUAAUGUCGAAAUCUAUGGUGACGAUUGUUCCGAUCAAUCAAAAGAUGAAAGAUUUAGUCGUGGACCACAUGAUUCCAAACGAUGCCAAGCAUGUGAUCAAGGAUGGUGCAAAUAUCAACAACAGAAAAGAUCAGAUUCCAAAAUGGACCAGAAAAAAAGAAAACAAAAAUAG